UGAUAGUAACGCUAUCACAGCCCCACGUGUGUCACAUUAUUGGUGCGGUUGUAUAGUGUUGUGUGUAAUAUACUACUAGUGGCAUAGCCAAAGCGUACUGUAUUGGAUUCAUAUACCGCGAACUGCAUAACUGUGCAAAGCGUGUACACUACCGUAGUUUACCAUUACUUGCUAGUUCAGUUUCAGGGUUAAUACACGUAGUAGCAUAGGUUUAACAACAAAAUGGAUGCCGGAAACAACCCAAACACUACCCUUCACGGGACCGAAGUUGCCAACGAUCCCGGGAAAAUGUUUAUAGGAGGGCUGAGUUGGCAGACAGAAACAGACAGCCUAAGGGACUACUUUCGUAAAUAUGGAGACAUCAAGGAGUGUGUCAUUAUGAGAGAUCCAACCUCCAAAAAAUCAAGGGGAUUUGGUUUUGUUACAUUUGGAGAUCCCAAGUGCGUAGAGAAAGUCCUAAAAACAGAACGCCACGAAGUAGACAGUAAAAAGAUUGACCCCAAGGUAGCUUUCCCGAAGCGCUCACCCCCAAAGGUAAGAGUUUUGAAAAGUAUUUUCUAUUAGGUUUGAAAGACAAAUCAAACUGUUUCACAAAUUGUAAUUGUGUUACAAAAAAACAUUUGGUAACCAGUAUAGUAAUUUUUCUCAGAAUUUUACAAACUUCCAAAGUGGAAAUCUAAAACUCUUUUGGAUCGUUCUGUAAAGGAGAACUAGAGGCCUGGGCACAAUUUCUUAGAGCUUAAUUAUUUUAUGCUUAGCAGAAAUGAGUAGGAUACCAGUCACGAAUUGUAUUUGUGACAUGUUAGUUUGGUUGGUAACCCUAAUCUGGUAAGCGCAAUUUAGUUAUGCUAAAGCUGACUUCUUGUCCUUAACUCUUUGAA